UCCGGUCGGCGCCGCCAGCGAGGGGCUCCGCGGCCGGCGGAGACGAGGGCAGCCAGCGAUGGCCGCGGAGGGGGCGAGCUAGGUUCCGGCCCUCGGAGGCUGACGGAAGGCGGUGGCUGAGGAGCGGCGCCUCUGGUUGAGCGCUCGCCGUGUGUCCCGCACCUGUCUGUCCUGCCGCCGCCCGGCUGGAGUGCAGUGGCACGAUCACGGCUCACUGCAGCCUCAACCUCCCAGGCUCAAGCAAUCCUCACACCUCAGCCUCCUGAGUAGCUGGGACUACAGAGGAUUUCUGUGACAUGCUAAGUUACCUAACCAUGGUGUGGAAGCAGAGGGAAAAGGAGUGAAGUCGGGGACCCACCAGGGAACAGAUGGGAGAGCUUGGCAUACAGCCUGGCGGGCAUCAGCUCUCUUGACCCAGUGGCUAUCGGUGGCCCUGUUAUUCGUCCAGGUGCCCGGGGAGGAGGACCCGCCUGCAGCAUGAACCUGUGGCUCCUGGCCUGCCUGGUGGCCGGCUUUCUGGGAGCCUGGGCCCCCACUGUCCACACCCAAGGUGUCUCUGAGGACUGCUGCCUGGCCUACCACUACCCCAUUGGGUGGGCUGUGCUCCGGCGCGCCUGGACUUACCGGAUCCAGGAGGUGAGCGGGAGCUGCAAUCUGCCUGCUGCGAUAUUCUACCUCCCCAAGAGACACAGGAAGGUGUGUGGGAACCCCAAAAGCAGGGAGGUGCAGAGAGCCAUGAAGCUCCUGGAUGCUCGAAAUAAGGUUUUUGCAAAGCUCCGCCACAACACGCAGACCUUCCAAGCAGGCCCUCAUGCUGUAAAGAAGUUGAGUUCUGGAAGCUCCAAGUUAUCAUCGUCCAAGUUUAGCAAUCCCAUCAGCAGCAGCAAGAGGAAUGUCUCCCUCCUGAUAUCAGCUAAUUCAGGACUGUGAGCCAGCUCACUUCUGGGAUCCAUCGGCACAGGAGGGGCUGGAUCUUUCUCCGAUAAAACCAUCGCCCUACAGACCCAGCUGUCCCCACGCCUCUGUCUUUUGUGUCAAGUCUUAAUCCCUGCACCUGAGUUGGUCCUCCCUCUGCAUCCCCACCACCUCCUGCCCCUCUGGCAACUGGAAAGAGGGAGUUGGCCUGAUUUUAAGCCUUUUGCCGCUCCAGGGACCAGCAUCAACCCUGGGCAGCCAGUGGCUCUCGUAGAGAAGACUUAGGAUACCUCUCUCAUUUUCUGUUUCUUGCCGUCCACCCCGGGCCAUGCCAGUGUGUCCCUCUGGGUCCCUCCAAAACUCUGGUCCGUUCAAGGAUGCCCUUCCCAGGCUAUGCUUUUCUAUAACUUUUAAAUAAACCUUGGGGGGUGAUGGAGUCAUUCCUACCUGU